AUGGCCGGCAGAAGCGGCCCAAACGCCCGUUAUCCCGAUCGAUGUUAUCGAGCAGUUACUUGUGGCGGCCGCAACAGGUCAAUCAGCGACUUUGCGCGCGGCAUUGCUGCCUUACGCGGCUGCCACCUCCGCGGAAUCGCGGCGGAUCGCGGGCGGCCCAGCUGUGGGGGCGGGCCCUGUACCGUCUGCGGGCCCGCCCCCAGGGGCAGGGCAGCAGACACCGCCGGCCGUGCGGGCGGCAGUGCCGCCUCCCGAGCGGCGGUCAACGUUCAGUUCCGCUAUCCCGGAAGUUCCGGGUUCCCCCGCCGAUCGUUUCGGGACGAUGUUACCCCCCCCCUCGUCGGUACGGCCGCGUCCUGCCGCGCUGACGACGGCUGGUGCCACCGUUCCUGCGUCUUCAGCAGUGCCAGAGGCUCCCAUGAUGUCUCCCGGCCGGCACGGAUCGCCGCCAUCGCUGCGGUCCGGCGCCGCGGAUGCCGGCGACCUACACGCCCCCCGCCGGAGGCGUGGUCUCGUGUAGACCAGCAGGCAUGGCAGAAAUCCCCACGGGUUUUGGGAGACGCGAAAUACAUCGCGGGUAGCGACAUUUGGAGGUCCCACCGAGAUCGCCUUUCAGCGGAGCUGACUCGAUCGGGAUCGGCUUUGGAGCGUCGGAUCGGCGAGCGAAGUCCCGCGGCCCGCGGAGCCCCUCGGCGCCAGGCCGAGAGAUCCCGCAGCCCGCGGAGCCCCUCGGCGCCAGGCCGAGAGAUCCCGCAGCCCGCGGAGCCCCUCGGCGCCAGGCCGAGAGAUCCCGCAGCCCGCGGAGCCCCUCGGCGCCAGGCCGAGAGAUCCCGCAGCCCGCGGAGCCCCUCGGCGCCAGGCCGAGAGAUCCCGCAGCCCGCGGAGCCCCUCGGCGCCAGGCCGAGAGAUCCCGCAGCCCGCGGAGCCCCUCGGCGCCAGGCCGAGAGAUCCCGCAGCCCGCGGAGCCCCUCAGCGCCAGGCCGAGAGAUCCCGCAGCCCGCGGAGCCCCUCGGCGCCAGGCCGAGAGAUCCCGCAGCCCGCGGAGCCCCUCGGCGCCAGGCCGAGAGAUCCCGCAGCCCGCGGAGCCCCUCGGCGCCAGGCCGAGAGAUCCCGCAGCCCGCGGAGCCCCUCGGCGCCAGGCCGAGAGAUCCCGCAGCCCGCGGAGCCCCUCAGCGCCAGGCCGAGAGAUCCCGCAGCCCGCGGAGCCCCUCGGCGCCAGGCCGAGAGAUCCCGCAGCCCGCGGAGCCCCUCGGCGCCAGGCCGAGAGAUCCCGCAGCCCGCGGAGCCCCUCAGCGCCAGGCCGAGAGAUCCCGCAGCCCGCGGAGCCCCUCGGCGCCAGGCCGAGAGAUCCCGCAGCCCGCGGAGCCCCUCGGCGCCAGGCCGAGAGAUCCCGCAGCCCGCGGAGCCCCUCAGCGCCAGGCCGAGAGAUCCCGCAGCCCGCGGAGCCCCUCGGCGCCAGGCCGAGAGAUCCCGCAGCCCGCGGAGCCCCUCGGCGCCAGGCCGAGAGAUCCCGCAGCCCGCGGAGCCCCUCAGCGCCAGGCCGAGAGAUCCCGCAGCCCGCGGAGCCCCUCAGCGCCAGGCCGAGAGAUCCCGCAGCCCGCGGAGCCCCUCGGCGCCAGGCCGAGAGAUCCCGCAGCCCGCGGAGCCCCUCGGCGCCAGGCCGAGAGAUCCCGCAGCCCGCGGAGCCGAGCGCCGAUCAAGCCCGGACGGGGAGAGCCGCGGACUGUUCUCCUUCCCUGCGAGAGAGACGAACAAAGCACCAGCAGCGCGGGACGACCCCCCCCAGCCGCUCCGCAGCACACCGAGGCAUUCAUCCCCAGGGGGGCGGGAUCGCAACGGGAACAGAGACAGUCACUCGCUGACGUCACCACACCCACCGCCCCUCCAUGGCCGGCAGAAGCGGCCCAAACGCCCGUUAUCCCGAUCGAUGUUAUCGAGCAGUUACUUGUGGCGGCCGCAACAGGUCAAUCAGCGACUUUGCGCGCGGCAUUGCUGCCUUACGCGGCUGCCACCUCCGCGGAAUCGCGGCGGAUCGCGGGCGGCCCAGCUGUGGGGGCGGGCCCUGUACCGUCUGCGGGCCCGCCCCCAGGGGCAGGGCAGCAGACACCGCCGGCCGUGCGGGCGGCAGUGCCGCCCCCUGAGCGGCGGUCAACGUUCAGUUCCGCGAUCCCGGAAGUUCCGGGUUCCCCCGCCGAUCGUUUCGGGACGAUGUUACCCCCCCCCUCGUCGGUACGGCCGCGUCCUGCCGCGCUGACGACGGCUGGUGCCACCGUUCCUGCGUCUUCAGCAGUGCCAGAGGCUCCCAUGAUGUCUCCCGGCCGGCACGGAUCGCCGCCAUCGCUGCGGUCCGGCGCCGCGGAUGCCGGCGACCUACACGCCCCCCGCCGGAGGCGUGGUCUCGUGUAGACCAGCAGGCGUGGCAGAAAUCCCCACGGGUUUGGGGAGACGGUCAGGAUGGGAGCAUUGGAAAAGGGGGAUUGGGACCUCUUGGAGGGGGUGGGGGUGCCAGGAGGAGGCGCUCUCCGAAUGGAGAGGAAUUCCAGGAUGAGUGCCCCCCACCAAAAAUUAAGUAGAUAGCACUCCGGAUUUACAUCCGACAGGUAGCAUUGGCCAGUUACCUGGGAGGAUGAGUCUGGGUUGCAAAUGCUGGAACGCCAUGAGACAGGUUCUGCUCAGAUAAUUGAGUUGAAGGCAGUCACAAUGGCAUUCCAACAAAUUUUUCAGGUACUUUUGAAUUUGGUCAAAAGUUUUUUUAUAUAAACAGAAAAGGGGAGUGGCUGGUGGAGGACCGCACGGCCGACUGGGAAAAGUUUUGUAUACCUUCAAUCACCUUACUGUGCCACAAGAUUCUAAUAAUCUUGUUUUUGUGAGUUAUUUCACUUUCUUACAGGCUGCAGAUGAUACAUGCCUGCCUCAUCGUUUGGGGCAGUGGGUAUGCUUGCAUCUCAACAGAUACUGGGAUGCACUGCCUGCCUGCAAGGUGUGUCCGCCCUGACCUGUGACAUCAGGGACAGAAUGCAGCCGAGGCACAGUCUUCAAAUGCUGAACAAUAUGCUGAUCACCAGCCAGACGAUCCCUCUGCAAGCAGAGGAUGAGCAUUCAUCUGUUUCUUUGGAAAUGUUUUAGCUUUGGAACAUUGUUAAAUAAGCUCUUUUGAAAUAUAUUAAGAAAUAAUAAGUUUGGAAAAUGGUGAUGGGUUUUGCUAUCAAUGUUAGCACUGUUUUUCAAAAAGCACCAGGUGUGAGGAUUUCCCUGAGUGCUUCAGGCAUCCACAGAUCUCCAGAGUGGUGUUUCUUCUCCUCCACGUAGGGCCCCCGUGGAGGACUACAAGCACUUCUUUUCUUUUCUUUUCUUUUCUUUUUUUUUAAAAAACUAUAAGGGGGACUUGUGGAUGCCAUUGAAACCUCAGGCUCAAAAUGGUGAGGGCUUGAAACAUUUCCCAGGCAGGGAAGGUCCCAGGCUGAGACAGUUUCUCUCUCAUGCAGAGAAAGUUUUCCCAGACUUGAGACAGUUUCUCAGUUCCAGCCUGAGCCUUUCCCAGGGUGAUAACGCUGGGGAAAAAUAAAAAGGAAUUAAUAACAAUACUAACACCUGCGCUUCGAUGAUAAACAGUUCUCACGGUUUGUGAGAAAGUUUUGUUUUCUUCGAUUAUCCAAUAGACUGCUGUUCUGUUUGUAGUUUGCGGAACACACUAUAAGAAUGUGGUCCGAGUUCAAUAAACCGCUUCUUUAGCCACCUAGCUAAAGGAGUCCGUGUCGUUAUUUUAGCGAAAUACAUCGCGGGUAGCGACACAAAAAUCCCCAAAUUUGGGGGUUUUAACCCAAAAAAUCCCAAAUUUUUUCCAUUUUUCCCAAAAUUGGAGAUUUUUAAGCCCAAAAAUCCCCAAAUUUUGGAGUUUUAACACAAAAAAACCCUC